UGAACUAUUGAUUGUUCAUGGCAGGAGUACUGGAGCUCACCAACUGCAUCUUGACCGGGAUCGAUGCCCUCUUCCUCUUCCAUGUUCAUAUCAUCUUGGAUUGCUGCAUGUUCUGAAGUUGGUGCAAUGGAGCUUGGAGCUCCACCUGCUGGACCUGGAGCCUGUUCAGGACCUGAAGUCAGCGGCGAUCUGCAGUACCUGGAGGUGGAGCUGGCGAGGCCCUGGGAGGGUGGCGGCAAUCUGCAGCAGGGCGCUGGCCUUGGGAUGACGAGGUGGGGGAUCUGCUGGCCCAGGACGAUGAGGGGGAUCUGCUGGCCCAGGAAGAUGGGGAGGAUGGAAGGGGAUCUGUUGGGCGAGAUGGGAGGCGAUGGAGGUGGAGGUGGAGGAUCUGGAGGUGGGGGGCGACGGAGGCGGGGGCGAUGGAGGUGGAGGAUCCAGAGGUGGGGGGCGACGGAGGCGGGCGGAUCUGGAAUACGACCUGGGUGGAGACGAGGAGAGAAUUCAAAACUGGAGGGUAACCUGGUCAUUUCGCUGCUUUUUCACCUGGUCGGAAAAAACCCCAGCGUCAUGUUUGCGGCCGUUCGGGGCUACGCCCUUCACUUCCACCCACUGGUGACAAAUAGUAGUAAAAUAGAGGGUAAGGGCAUCUCGAAGGACAAUCCAAAAAUUUCCUUCCAUAUUCGUUUGUGGACAGAAGAGGACCAGUCCGUGACACGGAUGAGGGGUCGACCCAUUCAACCGUAG